UUGUAGUGCUCGUGUUUGCUGUUGUUAUCAUUAUAAUCAUUUACAUGGUACACAAAAGAAGAAAGUGCAGGCGCAAAGAGCAAAGGAUUCACACUGAGACCGACGAACGGCAGGCAUUUUCCAGUAAUCACAGCACCCUGUCAGGGACUAAUCCAUAUGCAGAAUUGAAAAGUGGAUAUGCCAUGUCAGGACCUCAACCCCAAGGUGAAGUUGUCAUUGAACAAGGGGAGGGAGAGGUUGGUGGUGAGCCCCCAGCAGAAAUUGUCAUUGGACACGAGCACUCAAAAAAGAAACACAGAAAGAAAGAUAAGAAAGUUACUGAGCAGAAACCGACUGAGGAUCAGUAUGCUGUCGCAGACAAGUCAAAAAAGAAGAAGAAGAAGAAUGCACCGGACGCCACUUACGCUGAAGUCGAUUUAUCAAAAAAAGCAAAAAAGAAGCCCAACCCGGGUGAAGUUCUUUACGCCGAUUUGGGUGAAUUCCAUAAGACGCAGAAAACGCCUGACGUAUCCACCUCCCUGAAGACCCUUUCUCCGACCAAACGGCCUGAGGCUUAUACUGAAACAACGUAUGCUGACAUCACCCAGUUUCUGAAGGGAAACCCUCAAGAAACCAGUGCUGAGCCUACUGAAGACGGCACUACUCUGCCUAGGAACACAGGUGACAGUGCACAAGCAACUAACGAGACUGGAUUUUAGUUUUAAUUAAGGUCAUGGAACGUUAGAAGAGCUGCAGUUGUUUCGUAAAAAAAUGGCGAUCGUAGCCUUAGCGGUUAAUUGUCAUAAGAAUUCUCUUUGUCUUUUGAGCACUUAAUCAAUAGGUUACAUUUGUACUGUAAAGAGUAGCGGACAUAACAGUGUUAGAGAUAAAGAGAGCUUUAGAUUUUUCAGUUUUCCGGCGAUGAUAGUGAACACAAUCGCAUCUACAUAUACGCAACAACUAUAAGUACUGCUGUUUUCUUUGUUGUUGUUGUUGUUUUCUUUUUUUACAGUUAUGCGAUUCAAGGAAAAUCCAUUACUUGACUCGUGAAUUCCGCGUUUAAUGGCACUUGCAAACCGAUAUCACGACUCGUGCGAUAUUGGUUUUCAAGUGCAAUUUAAUGCAGAACUCCCACGCCAAGUGAUGAGUUUCCUAUUAUGUCAAUCCCCAUAACUAUUGAAAAUAAGAUUUAACCUACCCCGCUGAGAUUAAUAGAUAUUAAUGACUUAGUAAUGUGUAAUACCUAGAAUACCACGGUUUUUUAUGACUCAGUUAUCCAGCCAGUAAGCAGGAGUAAGGGCAAAGCUGUGUCCUUCAUGGUGCCAUGUUCUUUUGCACUUAAUGUUGCUAUAUUUAUUUCGGAAUUUAUGUUUCGUCAACAAGCAUUAUAAAAACACCAAAAACAAUGUUUGUGCGGGAGGUAGAACGUGAUGUACUCUCCUAAACGAGUAGGACCUUGUUUGCUUUGCAACGAUACACCUUCAGGAUUCAGGAACACUUGUAGGGUGGUUGAGUAUAAUUAACUUUGGUCGGGUAACCUGCCUGUUUGUCGAUGAGUGUAAUCUUACUGACUACGUCACCAUAUUACACUUGGCAGUUUAAUUGA